CGGGCAGCUAAUAUCAUUGCCUGGAUGUGCCGUAUGCACCACGUGGUUUUGAAUAAGGUGACGAUACAGUAUUCAGCAACGUUCACUGGGAAAUGUCUGUUAACAGUGUGGUGGUGCUGCUGAUAACAGCGGCGUGCUAUCCAUCAUGUAAGUGUUCUGUAAGUCUGUAACAGAGCUUGGAACAAGGCACGACGAAUAUGACACAACUGUAUGCUGGGAAUGUAUCUUCUACAAGGUUCGUUGGGUUCGAACAGAUUCACUUCACAUCAGAGCCGCUGUUCGCGGAAGAAGAGUCGCCACAAGACGGAAACGAGUCUCCACUACUUAGCGAGACCAGAAGUCGCAAUCGGCGAUCGCCAUCCUUCUGGGAAUUCAAGCCCAAUUCCUAUGAAGCUGAAAAGCAGACGAACAAAAGAACCAGGUGGUAUGCUAACAACAUAAUUGUGAACUCAGGCCUCAAGAAGUGGAACAAUGUGACCAGGAGCUGGACUUUCUGGCAGAGGCUCAAAUAUUACCCUCUCAUCUUCUUUUUGCUGAUAUUGAUAAUAGCUUUAUCCAUCGAGUACAUGACACUCUUCUUCUGCUGCAUUCUCGAUCAUGUGUGCAUGACAAUUGGAUUUCCCUGUCGUCAUCAAACGUUCCUACGUUGGGCAGAGGAAGAACUGGAGCAGCAUCCUACUGGAAAAUGGCUGAUGGAAGAUGGAUCGGUAUCGCGAUAUGAACCGACACCCGAUGAAAUGGACGCAAGAGAGGAACUCGAAUACCUAAUGCAAACGUUCCCGCGUGAGAGAGAAGGAUGGCUAGAAGAUAUUUAUAAUAUUGUCGUCAACUGAACGGUCGAAAUGCUUUUGUUGGUCCUCAUUGCCUUGCAUUUCUUCGUUGUAUUGGAUUAUUAAAAUUUCGAAUUGACUGCCAAGUCACCGGGACAAGGUUAAAGUACUAUAUCCAAGCUACUUACUACGACGUGUAGUACUCGCCUGUCAAUUAUCAACAGCUAUGUCACGUAGGCUCUCCCAUAGCGUGCCAUCGUACAAAGCGAAGCGUGACAAGCUGUUUUUGUGUUUUUAA